CAUUUAUCCAUUAUCUUAUCGAGUCAACAUCGCAGGAGUGAGAAGAGAUCGAGAUUCGACAAUGGCUGCGUAGUCGGGUCCGGAGAAGAUCCCCAUCCGAUACCUUAAGCCAGCCGACGCUUCACAUCGCGCGCUGCGCCGUGCGCGUGCGCCCCGUUGAUCAAGAGAGAAGAAACGGCAUUGGGCUAGAAAAAAAAUAUUAAAUAAUGCAACAUGAGCAAGCGUUCGUAUGACGAGUCUUCUGCUGCUACUGCUGCUGCGACUCGUCAUGGUCCGAAUCAUUCACGGGCUGGGAGUGUCCAUGAAUCCACCAAUAAUAGCAGUAACAACGGUCUGCCCCCAAUCAAUGAAUUAUUGUCGCCGACGACCGAUGAUCAGGAGUCGCACGGGCAGCAGGCGGUCAAGAAGCCUAGGAGUUUUAUCGCGACGGUGGCAUGUGAGAAUUGUCGUCUGAAGAAGACGAGAUGUGACGAAUCGAGGCCCAAGUGCGGCCUGUGCAAGACCCUUGGCUUAGAAUGCGUCUACAAUGAGCGCAAAUUAUCAAAGAAAGACCACUCCUUGAGUUUGAUCAUGAGUACUUUGCAUAGGCUCGAGACUAAAUUGGAGAAUAUCCCUUCAUCUGUAUAUGAAGCCCUGCAGCCUGCAACAGCGCAUGUGCUGCAGGCAGUGGAAGGCCUGAGAGAGACCAGCACCCGCCCGCUCACGUCCCAUGCUAGGACCUCUUCCAUUCAGUAUACACAGGCCACGACUCCAUCAGUAUCAGAGCCUCCGGAGUUUGAACCGAGGGAGCCUCAAGAUGCAACGGAUUCGAAUGGACGCGUGCCUAUCUCAUUCAGUCAGCACGGUGUGGUUCUUUGGCCUGGAGCCAGGACUAUCCUUCCUGAACGGCUGCUUGCGGCUCAUGAGAGACUGGGGAAGAACUAUGUCAUUGACGUGGAGAUGAGCCGUCCACCUCUCCCGAUGUAUAUCGACCCGUUUCCUCCGCAUGCUGGGGAACGCUGGCUGGAGACGAUACCAUUUGCGAUAAUCAAGGGUCUUUCAGAUGCGUAUUUCGCCACGUUUAACCCCAUCAGUCCCAUUAUGGAUAAGAACUUUUUCUUCUCCUUCACAAUCGGAAGGGUCAUGCAGAAUGGCUUCGGACACACCAUGGAAACGUGCAUUGUUCUAACGGUGAUGGCGUUGGGAUGUCUUGCUGUGCAAGCUUACCAACAAGGGAACUAUCCCCUACCCGGCUCCCAGGGCACUCAGUUUGAGCCUCCGGAGUGGAUUGGUGCUAUUCUCGAAGAACAACCGGGCCUGCGUUUCUUCAACGAGGCUCGCAGGCGGAUUGGAUUUCUGAUGUGCGAAAAUGACAUCCAGAGCUGUCAGUUCUACCUUUUAUCUUCACUGUACUAUACGCAGAUCAUCCGUCCAAUGGAUUCAUGGGCAAUGAUAAACCGAGCCGCGACCUGCUGUCUUUCAAUGCUGAACAAUCAUGAAAUCAACUUCGACGAAUGGGAGGGUGAUAUGAAAUCCAGAGUAUUCUGGAACACACUAAUGUAUGAAACUAUCCUCGUCCAGGAGCUUCAUCUGGCCCCGAGCGGCCUGUCACGUCUCGAGGAUUAUGUACCAAUCCCAAAGUUCAUCAACUUCAGCACAGCCGGUUACGUCCCAAGACUGGCCGCGUCAGAGCAGCUGGAUGAUUCCUUUUUCCAAUAUCACUUUCUUGCGCAGGUCGCACAUCGCAUUAUACUCACUCGUAUCCGACAUACCCUCUAUUUCUUCUCCGAGUCAGGAACUUUCCCUCAUCCAGCCAUUAACACCGAACUCCACCAUCAAGUCGAACAAUGGCGCCUUAACCUCCCUCCAGCUCUCCAAUUCUCCGACCACCAAAUCAGCACCCCCUUAGAAACAGCCGCUUCACCAUCGACCCCUGUACCAGCUCUAUCCAUCGACCCCCGCCGCCCCGUCUCCCCCGCCACAGCCGUCGCCGAAUCAAUGCUUCGGGGCAGAUACAUGAUCGCCAAAUUCCACAUCGGACGACCAUACCUAUACAAAGCGCUCCGCAUCCCCAACUCCCUAACGAAAGACGAUCUAGAACAAGUAAAAAGCGGUCUUCAAAACGCAAUGGAUUGGCCCGUCGUCCAGGGCGUCUUCAGACAAAUGAAAGCUUGUAUUCCUAUCAAAUUCGCUUUUUGCUCUCAAUUCUUCGGCCAAAUCCUCCUCUUCUAUUGCAUUUCUCACUCUCCGAAUCCGCGUCUUCGCGAAACUCUCCCUUUGGGCUGGGAGCGGUGGUAUGAUGAUAUGUUUCGAUUCAUCGAGGAUUGCGCACCGUAUAGUCCUUCUAUUGCGAAGGAUUUGGAGUUGUUGAGGUUGUUGGUGUGAGCUGCAUCUGGGGGCGGGCUGGGUUCCAGGAAUAUUCGUUUUUGUAAAUAGAGAUCU